ACGUUUACUGAUCGCUUCGUCGUCUCCGCCUCUCUAUCGAUUUCGGGUCUCGAUCGAGAUCUCUCUUCAAUGGCGACCAUCAAGGUUCCGCCGAUUGUCCCUUCCCCCGCUGAGGACUGCGAGCAGCUUCGCAAGGCCUUCCAAGGUUGGGGCACGAAUGAGCUACUGAUCAUAGCUAUCUUGGCGCACCGUACGGCCGCCCAGCGCCGAGCCAUCCGAACCGCCUACGCGCAGACCUACGGCGAGGAACUCCUCAAGUCCCUCGAUGACGAGAUCUCCGGAGAUUUCGAGAGAGCGGUGGUGCUGUGGACCAUGGAUCCGGAGGAGCGCGAUGCGCAACUGGCCAACGAGGCAGUGCGUAAAUGGAGCCAAAGCAACUUAUUAGUGUUACUCGAGAUCGGGUGUACUAGGCGCUCCGAGGAUCUGUACCAAGUGAGGCGAGCGUACCAUGAGCGCUAUAAGCUAUCGCUUGAGGAGGAUGUGGCCGCGCACACCUCAGGAGAUUUCCGUAAGCUGUUGGUGCCACUUGUGAGUGCAUACCGCUACGAGGGGUUAGAGGUGGACCAGAAGCUAGCAAAGUCGGAGGCCAAGUUGCUUCAUGAAAAGAUCACGGAGAAGGCUUACGGCAAUGAUGAGCUCAUUAGAAUUAUCACCACUCGGAGCAAAGCUCAAUUGACUGCAACAUUCAAUCAGUACCAUAAUGAGUUUAGGAAACCCAUCAACAAGAACUUAAAAUCUGAUCACCAAAAUGAAUUCCUCGCCGCACUCAGAGCAGUCAUCCGUUGCAUAACUUGCCCAGAGAAGUAUUUCGCAAAGGUAAUACGGAAUGCAAUCGACGGGUUGGGUACAGAUGAGAAUGCCCUCACUCGAGUAAUCACCACGCGCGCCGAUGUUGAUCUGAAGGUGAUCGAAGAGGCCUACUACAAGCGUACUAGUGUGCGGCUGGGCCAUGCAAUCAAAGGCGACACAUCGGGAGAUUAUAAGGAUAUCCUCAUUGCCUUGCUAGGACAUGAUGAUGUUUGAGUUUGAGAAAGCUUGGGGAUGUUUUAGGAGGUUUUAUAUUUGAUCUAUUAUCUGCUGAUGGUUAGGUUCUUUCCCACUAUUUCAAUUCUACUGUAUGGAUAAGAACUAUCGUUUGCUUGAUAUGGUAAUAAUGAAACGUCAAAUGCAUAAUUGGUUCAUCAA